AUGUUGCAAGAUCUUCUAGUGUUGAUCAGGGAUCCAUCUGGCAGCUGCAUAAAAAAAUCAUUAAAUCCCUCUCCAGGAGUGAUAUCAGAUCAAUUAAACUCAUCAAAUUCAGGAAUAAAUGCAGGAGAUGAACCACCAGCAGAUGAAUCCCUUUACUUCGACAACGUGGAAAUUUGCAGGCGCGUACAGAUCGAUGGGGCAACACUUAUUAAUAAAAUUUAUUCGGCAUUAAAUCCUUCCCAGCGAAAAAUACUAAGGGACAUGGAACAGGGAAUCUUCCCAGAAUCGCAAGAUGGCAACAUAUUUCCAGACUUUGAUGAAAAAUUCAGGCAAAUAGCAUUCACGUGGGCCUGCUUUCGAGGCUUCGUGCACCUUAUGCAAAAGUUUGAAGCAUCAGGUGUGGACAUUAAUUGGGUGGCUCCUGUUACUGGAGUGAAUGCAGCUUCUGCUGCUUGUUUUACCAAUCGUCUAUCGUGUCUAGAAUAUUUAAUAAGCAAAGGUGCUAAUAUUAAUCACGUAAAUCCUAAGUCUCACAACUCCUGUUUGCAUGCUGCUGCUAUCGGCAAUUCUCGAGAAUGUGCGGAACUUUUAAUAAAUAAUGGCCUUAAAAUAAAUAUACCUGCUACAGAAUUGGCAGAACCAGUUUUACAUUGUGCAGUUAGAAAUCACUCAAAAUCAGUUGUAGAGCUUCUUUUAGAGAAAGGAGCAGAUGUCACUAUGAGAAAUAAUGUUGGUGAAACUGCCCUUCAUGCUGCUUGUGCUGUACAAUCUCUCGAAUGUGCAGAAAUGUUACUUGAAAAAUCAGAAAAGGAAGUUUUAGCUGUUGAUGAAAAAAAUAGAACCCCUUUGCAUUUUGCGGUUAUGAACAAUAAUUGUUCAGUUGAUUUAGUAGAACUUUUAAUAGAGAAAGGGGCACAGAUUAAUAUAGCUGAUAAUUCAGGAUUCACAGCCCUUCAUAUUGCAGCUUUGAAUGAACAGUCAGAUUGUGUGGAGAGUCUUAUUUGGGCUGGAGCAGAUUUGAGUGCAACUACAAAUAAAGGAGUUUCAGCUUUGAAUAUAAUUUUGAAGAAAAUUCCGGAAGUGAUGAAUGUUUUUCGGAAGCGAUUAGAUGCAUCUAUAAGAUUAAAACGACCCUCUCGUCAAAAUCGAGAAUUCGAGCUCAAAUUGGAAUUAAGUAUAAUUUUUCCAAGUAACAACGUUUGUGAAACAAGUUUUAUCAAUUUGUUUAUUCAAGAAGGUCAGAAGGAGAUUUUGUCUCAUCCUCUUGUCAAAGCAUUUUUGCACUUGAAGUGGGAGAAAAUCAGAAGGUUUCAACUGUUGAGAAUAUUUAUGUAUUUGUUUGCAAUAAUUUUUAUGAGUACAUAUACUUUAACAGCCUUAGCUUAUAAUUGUUAUAACGAAUCGGAAAAGAAUAACGAUACAAUCUGUACAAAUGAUAGCAUUUCUGGAUAUUUAUUUAAAAGAAAAAUGAUUAAAGCUGAGUGGUACCUUUCUAUAAUUUUAAUGUUUCUUUUAAUGCCGCGAAGAGUAUUGGGCUAUACGUUACUUAAAACCGCGAAAAUGUAUUUUUUAAAUACUGAAAAUGUGCUCGAUAUUGCAGUUUUAAUCAUGAAUUUCAUUAUUUCAUUUAUAUUUACUGGAAAAACUUACGAGUGGCAGAAAUAUUUUGGUGCAUUUGCAGUUCUUGGGGCUUGGACCAAUAUGAUGUUUAUGAUUGGUCAACUGCCAUCGUUUGGCACAUACGUUGCUAUGUUUAUUCAUAUUCAAGCGGAAUUUGGAAAACUUUUGUUAGCCUACUCAAGCCUGCUCAUUGGAUUCAUGGUGAGCUUUUGCAUACUUUUUAUCGCAGAUGAAUCAUUUAGUAAUCCUCUCACGGGUCUUAUCAAAGUCCUAUCAAUGAUGGCUGGAGACUUAGAUUUUGAAAAUCUUAUUAAAAAUUUUGGCAUAAUAAAGAAUAAAUCCUUUGAUUUUUAUGAUCCACUUCCGAUCUGUUCGCAACUUCUUUUUUCUCUAUUCGUUAUCUUUAUCACGAUAAUAUUAAUGAAUUUAUUAGUAGGCAUUGCUGUACAUGACAUACAAGGUUUACGUACUCAUGCAGCUCUUACUAAACUUGCUCGACAAGCUGAACGUGCGUACUUUACAGAAUUGGAAUUAAGUAACAAAAACAUUCCUACAUGUGUGAGAAGCGCGAUAUCCAACCACAAUAUUGAUGAUCAAUAUAAAACUCGUAUUCUUACUGUGAAACCUUUGAAUCAGUUAGAAAAAAGGCUGCCGAAAGAUAUUCUUAGUGCCGCGUAUGUAAUUGCAUUAAAAAAUCCUCCACUAACGGAUGAUGAUAAUCAUAAUGUAAAUCAAAAGUUUAGUUGUUUUAAAAAUUUGAAGGAAAAGCGAAAAAAUGUAGACUUACAAAACUCGGUCGAAGAACUUGUAAUGCAAUUAAAAGAGUAUGAGAGCGAGGUUCGUUUGUUAAAGAAUAGAUUAGAUGAAAUUAAGGACAUGCAAAAGCCUGGCACCUGCCACCCACCAGGACAAAAAGCCAGUCGACAGGACUCUCCUCUUCAAGGACUAGAAAUAGUGGCGAUAUUUUUUUGCAUACCAGCUAAUUCGUUUCGCAGGCCUCGACGUGUCACCUGCGUCUGGAUUUGCAACGUUAAAGCCAUCGCAGAGAUCUACAAAGGAUUACAGUCAGGCUACUUUAAAUUACCAGAUGAUUACAUAGAGUUAAAAGUAGAUUACUCUAGGUUACAAGUAGAUUACCAUGGACCACUUAGACGAAUCCAGAUUAAUCCAGUUUUAAGUGAGUUACAAGUGGAUUACCUAGGACUACAAGUGGAUGUCGCAAGAUUACAAGUGGAUCGCCUAGGAAUACAAAUGUAUUACCCAGAAUUGCAAGUUGAUAAAUUAGGGUCAAAAAUAACCGAGGAUUACAAGUGGCUUCUUCACAAUUACAAGUGGCUAACUCUGGAUCACAAAUGA